CAUCUUCCACCCAUUGCAACUUCUGUCUGAUCUGCUCCUUCAAAUCAACCAUGAAAGUUCUUGCUCUUUGCGCUCUCUUCGCCUACGCAUCAGCAGACGGAAGGCCACCAAGCAAUGGUUAUGGAGCCCCACCACCAUCUCCAAGCAAUGGGUAUGGAGCUCCACCAAGCAAUUCCUAUGGACCUCCAAGGAACGGCUAUGGGGUAGACCCACUUGCUGCCUUGGCGGAAAACAUUCCUGGAGGUGGUGUUCCUGGUGAAGAUUAUCCCGUCUUGGCCUCUGUUCCUGACACUGGAUUCGACUGCAACGCCCAGAAUGUCCCUGGUUACUACGCUGACACUGACCCUGAAGCUGGCUGCCAGGUCUUCCACAUUUGCCAGGACAGGCCCAGUGGACGCCGUCAGCAGGACUCCUUCCUCUGCCCCAACGGCACCAUCUUCAACCAACAGUACCUCGUCUGUGACUGGUGGUUCAACUUCGACUGCGCUGACGCUGAAGACUUCUACUCAGUCAACGAGCUCAUUGGAGUUCAGCCUUACGGAUAUGGGAAAAGUAAUGGCAAUGGUAACAAUGGCUACGGGUCUAACGGCAAUGGUAACAGAAACAAUGGCUAUGGUUCCAACGGAAGCCGAAAUGGCAAGAAGAACGGUAAUGGUAAGAGGAACGGCAAUGGAAAUGGCAAUGGUUAUGGUGCAAAUGGCAACGGUGCUGCUGUAUCCCCAAGCGAUAUUUAUGGACCACCUGCUACCCCUAGCAAUGGCUAUGGGGCACCUGCUGCUCCCAGCGACGCUUAUGGAGCCCCCGAAGACCCUUCUGCUGCCUACGGAGCUCCUUUCUAAACAAAUAAUCAGAAGCCAUUCGACAAGCUGACAGUGUUUCCGAUAUUUUGCCAGAUAUGAAUCCACAGUGAAAUGGAGUUAUAAAAUCAUAAUAUAUUUCUGUAAAUAAAAUCAGAACAUUA